AUCCAAUCCCCACCCCCGGAAGGCCAAUGGAGAAUAGGCGGGGGCGGAGCCGCGGGGGCAGGGCAGUACUACCUGCUGGGAGUUGUAGUCCUUUUGCCUACUGAGCCUUCGACCUGGGUUCUGGGAGUGGCUCGAGCCGGGCAAAGAAGGGAGUGGGUCGGGACAGGUCCGGGUUCCUGGAUCCGGUUGGGCUUUGGCUGCGGCUUCCUUUCGUUAUUUUGUGGCGGAAGGGUGAUAGCAAUUCUACGUCUUCUUGAAGAGCUGCAGAGGGGGGGAAGAUCCAGUUGGAACCUAAAGGAUAAAUACAAAGAAAGCACAGGAUAGAGGGUGCAGGGAGAUAGGGACGGGUAUUGUUCUUACUUGAAUGAGAGGAAAUGGGCUAGAGCUACUGCCUAAGCGAUGAAGGUUAGACUUAAAAGUAAGAUUCUUUCAACAGGCUAGUAUAGGAAACAUGCAAUUCAGUGAGUAUAUCGCUAAUGAAGCCUUUAUCUGUCAUGACCAGAGAAUCGGAGAGAAUAGGAGCCUGGAGAGCAAUGUUAGGAAGGAAGUUACAUAGGAUUUGGUGUUAAGAUUUGAACUUAAGACUGUUUGUAAAAAAAAAAAAAACAAUUCAAGCUAUGAGGUUGAAGGAAAAUCACACACACACACACACACACACACACACACACACACCAGCCAAGUCACACAGUUCCUUUUAGGUCAUACUUCCUCCAUUUAUUUUCUGAAAAUGAACCUCACUGGUGUCUUUUCCUCAGGCUGGGGGAAGGCACAGUGGUUGUGUAUAUUAGAGUGAGAGAAAAUUAAAGUAGGAGAAGAGGGUAUUGGAACCUCAUUUGGAUAGGGCUAGGGUCAGUCUUUAGGGAGGAUAUUUAGGUAAAAGAGUACCAGGUUGGGAAAGUGAGGAAAUCUGGAAAAUUGUUUUUUGAGAGACUAAUCAAAGUACCAAAAAACCGUAGAAAUUGUUCAAAGAGAACCAGGUUUCCUUUCCUUCCUGGAAGUGAUUUAUGACUUAAUGUGUAUGGGUACAUCCACAUAAGCAUUUUACUUUUUUUUCCAGGAAAUUCUUAAAAGGAGCUGAAGGAAGGGAUUGUAUAGAUUUACAUGAAAAAUCACCAUCACCAAGCAAAUCCUCCCCCUAAAAGGCUGAGAGGGUGGAAACAUACUGGCCAGUGCUCAAAACUCCAGUGUGUCUUGCUUCUGAGCCUAGCAGGCCGAGUCAGGUCCAAGAUAGGCAGAGGAGAGGGAAAGAAUUUUUUCGGUCUAGAAAAAACGCUCAUCCCUUCCUCAGAACAUUUUGUGAAGAGACAUUGUGAAUAAGCCUCAUCUCGCUUGGUGAUGCAAUAGUGCAGAAUCCACAAUGGAUGUCCUCUUCGUAGCCAUCCUUGCCGUGCCACUUAUCCUGGGACAAGAAUAUGAAGAUGAAGAAGGCCUGGAAGAGGAUGAUUAUUAUCAGGUUGUCUAUUAUUACACAGUCACCCCCAAUUAUGAUGACUUUGGUGCAAAUUUCACUGUUGAUUACUCCAUGUUUGAAUCUGAGGACAGACUGAACAGGUUGGAUAAGGAGGUAAGGGAAGAAGCAGAGAGUACCACUAGUCAUGAAACAGAAGGUACAGACGGUCAGAAGCCUGGAACAUUGAAACCAAUGACAGUGGAACCACAGAGUCCAGAUCUGAAUGAUGCUGUAUCCAGUCUGCAGAGUCCUGUUCCCCUCCUCCUGUCCUGGGCCCUCGUUCAGGGGGGGAUGUAUUUCAUGUAGAAGGAGAAAGAAGGCUGCUACAACUCUUUGGAUGGGGAUUUGGGAAGAGGAAAUUGGAAGAUAAAUAAAUGAAAUAAUCUGGUUACUGUCUA